CUAAUACGAUAAUAUAUUUUUAUUCUAUAAUGUUACAUGAUUAUAAUUUCGGUUAUUUAUGGAAGAAGGACCGAAUAACGUACAGGAUGUUUUGUUGUUAAUUAACGACGUUCUUCUGAAACAACUUUGUGCGACUGUAAAAACUUCACUACAAUUCCCAUAAUUCCAAAUAUCACCUUGGGAACCGUUUGUUGUGGCUCGCAGAUACUGUAUAAGGUGUUCCAAUUCAGGAAAAUGUGCGAAGCACCAGUGGACCUGUCAUUCAAAUGUAUUAGGUCUAUAGCAGAUGUGCUGCAUAAAGAACCGAAUGAAGGUUUGCGACCCUUGAAGCGUAAUGCCGAGAACAAAUUCUGCAGUCAAGCUUUGAGACUAAACAAUAAUUUAAUCUCAGAUUUAGCUGGGUUUACUCUCACCAUCGGCUCCCUUCUUAGCGAUCCCUCUCAUCUAGCUUGGCUCGACUUGUCCUUCAAUUGCAUAUCUCGAAUUGAUAAAGCAUUGACUGAGCUACCUGAACUGAGGGUCUUGUACCUGCAUGGCAACCACAUUUGCAAGCUCUCUGAAGUGGACAAGCUAGGGGCGCUGACUUACCUCCACACACUGACACUGCAUGGAAACUCAGCCGAGAAUGAGAAGACUUACAGAGAUUAUGUGAUUUCAGUGCUGCCACAUCUGAAGUCUAUGGAUUUCAGUGCAGUGACCAGGCAGGAAAGGAUUAUGUCUCAGAUCUGGCAUAAAAAAAUCACCCUGGGCAAGACUACCAAGAAAAGCUGAGGCAGAAGCUGUGCAGUUUUUAACCGUAGAUGACCUUUCAUUGCAAGCUUAACCGGAGGGGCAGCUUGUGUUCAGUCAUGUGACUAAUAAAGACCUAAAGUCAAUACAG